CUUCCAAAGCCAGGAACCUUGAACCGACUAUCAGGAUCAGCUGAUCUUCAGUCAGCUGAUGAUGUCAACAACAAUAAUUGCGCUGAGUUAAACAUACCAUUUUAAAUUAUUUCACUCGUUUCCUGUCAUUGUUUCGCGCUCAGGUUACUGUAACAUAUCCAGAAUCACAUAAAAGAUUGACAUCAUGCUGAAGACGGCUGCAAUUGUCGGUGUUACAAGUGCUCUAUGGGCUGCUGGACAGCAUGGACUAUCACUUUGCGGAUUCUUAAUACCAAAGCUUAGUGGCUUACACCUGGCUGUCUUAGCUGCGGGAGUUUAUUUGACAACCGGCGGAGUGCACACCCUUUGGCUGGUUUAUCACACCCUUCCUAGAGACCUCAAGGCUGGUAUAAGAUUUUUGAAAGUUAAGGCCAAACUAAAGCUGGCUUUAUUUCAUAAUUUAACUGUACCUAAAGUUUUCAUGGAAAACGUUAGGAAAAACCCAAACAAAGUGGCCUUUAUUUAUGAGGGACAGGAAUGGACAUUUACACAGGUUGAUGAGUAUAGUAAUCGAAUUGGCAACUUCAUGAUUGAACAAGGCUUUAAGCAUGGUGAUAGCAUAGCUUUAUAUAUGUACAACCGUCCAGAAUAUGUCUGUACAUGGCUUGGUUGCGCUAAGGUUGGUAUUGUGCCAGCUUUGAUAAACUUUAAUCUCCAAAACGUGUCCUUAGUACACUCAAUCAAAGUAGCAGAUUGCAAGGCGGUUAUUUGUGGAAUUGAACUCCAAGCAUCUAUAAAAGAAGUGCUAGAGGAACUGAACCUUCCAGUCUUCAUAUCAGGUUGCGGUAAUACAGCUCCUGUCAUUAAAGGAACCACAAACUUAGACCCUUUACUUUGUGCCUCUAAUCCAACACCACCUCAUCAAAUUGACUCUGUUAAACCCAAUGACCGACUCAUCUAUAUUUAUACCUCUGGUACAACUGGGCUUCCAAAAGCUGCUGUGAUUAAGCAUAUCAGGUUCAUGUUCUUUGUCACUGCAACACACUAUAUGCUUGGACUAAGUGAAGAUGAGAUAAUAUAUAAUCCCUUACCUUUGUACCACACUGCUGGUGGAAUGGUUGGAAUAGGCCAGGUACUUCUCUUCAAUAACACAGCAGUCAUACGUCAAAAAUUUUCUGUUUCUCAGUACUGGGUGGAGGCCAAAAAAUAUGGAUGCACAGUUGGACAGUAUGUUGGAGAAAUUUGUCGAUAUUUAUUAAGUGCUCCUCCCAAACCUGAGGAUACACAGCACAAGGUACGGGUCAUGUUCGGCAAUGGCGUUCGACAACAAAUAUGGGAGCAGUUUACAUCCCGUUUUAAUAUGCCUCGCAUAGCAGAAUUUUAUGGUGCUACUGAGGGAAUAGCAAAUAUUGUGAACUUGGAAGGCAAACCAGGCUCAUGUGGGUUUUUGUCACUGUUAUUUCCUGAUGCAGUACGUUGCUACCUCAUUAAAGUUGAUGAAGAAACUGGAGAGCCUGUUAGAGAUGCCAAUGGACUUUGCAUUAAAUGUAAACCAGGAGAGCCUGGAGAAUUUGUUGGCAUAAUCAAGAGAUCAGAUCCUUUACGCGAUUUUCAAGGCUAUGCAGACAAAAAAGCUACUCAAAAGAAACUUGUGGAGAAUGUUCUCAGGAAAGGCGAUAUUGCAUUUAAAUCAGGUGAUAUUCUAGUGCAAGAUGAAUUUGGUUACAUGUACUUCAAGGAUCGCACAGGUGAUACCUUCCGUUGGAGAGGAGAAAAUGUGUCUUCAACAGAAGUAGAAGGCAUUGUCUCAAAAAUUGCUGAUCACAAGGAUGCUGUAGUGUAUGGUGUGGAGGUCCCUGGAUGUGAGGGCCGAGCAGGCAUGGCAGCCAUUGUUGAUCCAAAUAAUGAAUUGGAUAUUAAGGAAUUUUCUGAAGGAAUCAAGAAGCCUCUACCCGUGUAUGCUCGCCCACUCUUUCUUAGGCUAAUCAGUGAAAUUGAUGUGACUGGAACAUUCAAGUUGAAGAAGCUGGCUCUUCAGAAAGAAGGAUUCAAUCCCAGUUUGGUCAGAGGAAACCUAUAUUACCUGGACAACAAGUUGGGACAGUAUGUGGAACUCACUCCAGAGCUUUACUCACAGAUUGAAGGUGGCAAAGCAGGCUUAUGAGUAUUAUAAGAUGAAGGUUUUCCUAUGCAACAAGAAUGAAUUCAUAGACCAGUUUUGCCUAGACUAAUUUUCCUAAGAGACAAAUGUACAAUAGCAAUAAGUGAGGUAGGCAUUUCUCUGCAAGAAUGUGCUUUGCUUUUGUUAAGUUUCCUUAUAUGAUGCAGUUUGUUGAAAAAAGUGUUCAAGUUUCCUGUACAUAGAAUAAUUUUAAAAGUUAAAUACCAUAUUCUUGUAUUUACACGGAUGAAUGUUUUCUGUCUGCAGAGUUGUUAUGCGAAUUAUAUGAGGACAUGAUACAAUAUCUAUACUUACAUAUAUCACAAUGGUGCAAAGCAAAUUGUGAACAAAGACAAAUAGUGAAUAUGUUGGUGCUAUUAUGUUAUUUUUUUAAUUCAUGAAAAUGUCUCAUUUGUCCAUAUAAUGCAUUCCUAACGCACAUGAAAUUUUCGGCGAUGUGACGAAGCAUCUUAUCUAGUCAUUUUCAGUUUCUAUGAAAAAUAAUGAAAAUCAAAUGCCAUUGGUCUAUUUUAUGUAACUAAUCAUCAGUUCAGUGUUUUGCAUUAUUACGUGUUUCCAAAUUGCAACAUUUUGUUCCAGGUUCCUUUGUUCAUUCCAUAGGUCUUCCUGUUUCCCAGUUUCUCCAAUGUGGGUCAUCUUCAGUUCAUUGAAGCCAGAUCGAGCUUUUGUGUUUUCGUUUCAGUCAACUCUCUCUCUCUCUCUCCGUAUUCAUCUUCAGGCUUCAGCUGCCACUUCAUUUGCUACCGUACUUCAGUGAAGUGGUCUGACCAACCUGUUAUUCUAACCUCUUUUCUGUAACUCGGAAAACCAUUCUCUAUACUCUUGUAUAUUGAAAGUUUCUUUUAUCAACAAUCUUAGCGUUUCCUUGUUUCAAACUUGGGUCUAUUAUCUCCAAAUAAAGUUCCCUUGUCUUUA